GAAAGUAAUGUGGUAUGGAGGCUUGGAGGGAAUGAGUUGAGACAGGUGCAAGAAUACAAGUACUUAGGGAUGUGGAUGAGUCCUAGUGGGUGUGCAAAGGCAAAGAAUGAAAAGAUAAGUAUGCUAAACCAGUGGGUAGGUCGAUUGGGAAGCGCGGCAAGGAUGAGAGCAAGUAAGUAUGAUGUGUUGAGAGAAGUGUGGAAGAGUGUGGCUGUGCCAUGUAUAAUGUAUGGUAUGGAUGUGAUUGCAUGGAAUGAAAGUGAAAUUGAUAAGUUAGAAGUGGGCCAGAACAAAGUAGCAAGGAUGGCACUGAGUGCACCGAGGUGCUGUACACAGCAGUUGAAGCCUUGAGAGGUGACAUGGGAUGGAGCACCUUCAGAGAAAGACUGACAAAAGCCACACUUAGGUACAAGAUUAGGCUUGAGAGAAUGGAUGAUGCAAGAAUAGCAAGGAAGGUGUACCUGUGGAAUGAAAGUGGAAGCAAAUGGAGGAAGAGAUGCAUGAGAAUGACAGACAGGAAUGGAUUGCAAGUUGUGUGGGCGAUAAGAAUGGCUGGUAGGAAUCAAAAUGAGCGUGAAUGGGUGGUAACAAGAGGAGGAAGAGUGGGAGCCGAAUGGGAUGUGAGAAAAUGGAAGAAUGAGAUAGACAAAGAAGUGAAAUGUGUGGGACUGAAUGAAUGGAAGAAUGAGAUGGAAAGAAAGAAGACCCUGGAAUGGUACAAGGAGAAAGAGGCCCCGAGGUAUGAAAGGUGGUAUGAUGGAAGCCUGGGCGGUGAUCUUCUCUUCCGAGCGAGGGCACAGUGUAUGGAUGUGAAUGUAAGGAGUUACAGGUGGUCUGAGUCCCGCAGCAAAGUGUGCCAGAUGUGUGACAUGGGAGAGGAUGAGACGGUGGAACAUGUGGUGCUGGAGUGUGUGCAGUAUGCCAGAGACAGGAAUGAGAUGAUGCAAGUGAUACUGACUGAGUUAGGGCAUGAUAGGAAUGAAAGAGUGGAGAAGACAGGAAAGGAAUGGAUGGUGUUGUUGCUGGGACUGGGUAGAGAGGCGAAUGAAAGGAUGAUUGAGGCGGUGAAAGAGUUUCUGGAGAGAAUGUGGCGUGCCAGGUGUAUGAACAAUUAGGAUAGAGGAUGCUGUUCGUUUCUCUUUUUUUUUUUCCCCUUUCUACAGGAGUUGCCGAUCCAAAGGCUUGGCUCAGGAGUGAUCCUGUGCUACCUGUACCAUCAAGAUCAAGAUCAAGAGGCUGCGUCCGUGUGGUGCUGUAGUCAGUGGUCAGGUCACAGCGAGUGUGCGGCAGAUUGCGCCUGUGUUUGAGCUGGCCUGGGUCACCUGUGGCCACCUGGCGGACUGGCGGCGCCUCCCUGGCCUCACCUGAGGGCGUGCAGGACAGCAGUGGCGAGACAGCAAGACCCCACCAGCAAGUCCAUUCUGCCCCAGAGCCCCUCGGGUCAGUGGCCGGCAAGUCCUCCCGUCCAUUCUGCCCCAGAGCCCCUCGGGUGCCAGGUCUGCGUCCAGCGAAGGGACUCCCUCCGUGCAUCCUCGGCGCAGCCCCAGGGUUCCUGCAGGACCGGCCGCGGCCAGGAGCAGUGUUGCAAUGGAGGAUGUGACGCCAGGCAGCAGCAGCAGCAGCAGCAGGAACAGCUGGGAGCAGCAGGCGACCCCAGGCGUGAGGACCUACACUUGUCACCACUGCGGCAAAGUGUGCUCCACCAAGGCUGCCAUUGCCAGACACGUCCUCUCCCAUGCCGGCAAGACAAGGCUGAGAGGCAGGAGUGGCCCCACUGAACACACUGCCACCCACACUGGCGGCAGGAACCACAAGUGUGACCACUGCGGGAAGACAUUUGCCAAGAAGAGUCAUCUUGCAUCACACAUCCUCACCCACACUGGGGAGAGAAAGUUCCAGUGCCUGGAGUGUGGGAAAAGAUUUACCCAGAAAGGUAAUCUUGACACACACAUCCUCACCCACACUGGGGAGAGAAAGUUCCAGUGCCUGGAGUGUGGGAAAAGAUUUACCCGGAAGUAUUCCCUUGACACACACAUCCUCACCCACACUGGGGAGAGAAAGUUCCAGUGCCUGGAGUGUGGGAAAAGAUUUAUUCAUAAAGGUGAUCUUAACAAACACAUCCUCACCCACACUGGGGAGAGAAAGUUCCAGUGCCUGGAGUGUGGGAAAAGAUUUAUUCAUAAAGGUCAUCUUAAUCAACACAUCCUCACCCACACUGGGGAGAGAAAGUUCCAGUGCCUGGAGUGUGGGAAAAAAUUUAUCUGGAAGCGUUCUCUUGACAGACACAUCCUCACCCACACUGGGGAGAGAAAGUUCCAGUGCCUGGAGUGUGGGAAAAGAUUUACCCAGAAGGGUUCCCUUGACACACACAUCCUCACCCACACUGGGGAGAGAAAGUUCCAGUGCCUGGAGUGUGGGAAAAGAUUUAUUCAUAAAGGUAAUCUUAACAAACACAUCCUCACCCACACUGGGGAGAGAAAGUUCCAGUGCCUGGAGUGUGGGAAAAGAUUUACCCAUAAAUGUACUCUUGACACACACAUCCUCACCCACACUGGGGAGAGAAAGUUCCAGUGCCUGGAGUGUGGGAAAAGAUUUACCCAGAAGGGUUCCCUUGACACACACAUCCUCACCCACACUGGGGAGAGAAAGUUCCAGUGCCUGGAGUGUGGGAAAAGAUUUAUUCAUAAAGGUAAUCUUAACAAACACAUCCUCACCCACACUGGGGAGAGAAAGUUCCAGUGCCUGGAGUGUGGGAAAAGAUUUACCCAUAAAUGUACUCUUGACACACACAUCCUCACCCACACUGGGGAGAGAAAGUUCCAGUGCCUGGAGUGUGGGAAAAGAUUUACCCAGAAGGGUUCCCUUGACACACACAUCCUCACCCACACUGGGGAGAGAAAGUUCCAGUGCCUGGAGUGUGGGAAAAGAUUUAUUCAUAAAGGUAAUCUUAACAAACACAUCCUCACCCACACUGGGGAGAGAAAGUUCCAGUGCCUGGAGUGUGGGAAAAGAUUUACCCAUAAAUGUACUCUUGACACACACAUCCUCACCCACACUGGGGAGAGAAAGUUCCAGUGCCUGGAGUGUGGGAAAAGAUUUACCCAUAAAUGUACUCUUGACACACACAUCCUCACCCACACUGGGGAGAGAAAGUUCCAGUGCCUGGAGUGUGGGAAAAGAUUUACCUGGAAGCGUUCUCUUGACACACACAUCCUCACCCACACUGGGUCCUCCCGCGUGCCCAGGAGGUACAAACAGCCGCGGUCAAGGGAACAGUCGCCGUCCUGAAGAGAGCCCUCGGAUACACUGGUAACACUGCUUAGGGUGUAACUUUAGACCCCAGGCUUGGGGCCAUUGCACUCACCAAACAAUGAAACAAGAAAAUGCAGAAAACAGGGAGAGAAAGUUCCCAGGCCUGCAGUGUGGGAAAAGAUUUGCCCUGCCUAUACCAGUGGUGACUUGUGGGUGUGGUGUGGUGACUGGCCACAACAUUACUGCCACAAACCAGCUGGCAAUACCAGUGGUGACUUGUGGGUGUGGUGUGGUGACUGGCCACAACAUUACUGCCACAAACCAGCUGGCAAUACCAGUGGUGACUUGUGGGUGUGGUGUGGUGACUGGCCAAAAGGUUUAUCCUGCAAUGUAAUGUUGACAAACAUCCUCACCCACACUGUGGUAAGGAAGUACAGGUGUGGUGUUUGUGGCAGUGUUUGUGUAGCAAGAGUGGUGUUGCCAGACACAUCCAAACACACCUGUGGGGGGUGAGGUGUUGUGGAUGUGGUGGUGGUGUGUGAGGGACUUGGAGUGACUAGUGUUUGUGUGUUGUUACUUUGUACUCAAGUGUUGGAAUAAACUUUUGUUGCUAGAAUGCCGAGUUAUGUUGUUAACAGUACUUGAUGUGUGUGUGUGUGUGUACAAAGUGGCCAGUAUUAAUCCUCGCAUGACAAACACAGCGGUGGAUGACUGGAAUAGACUCAGUAGUCAGGUUGUUAGUGCAGAGUGAGUCAUUACAGAGCUUUGAAGUGUUAGACAAGUGUUUGGACAGGGAUGACAGGUGGAAACAGACAGGUGUGUUUUGUACAGGGCAGGGACUGCCACGUGUGGGCCUGAUGGCUUCCCGCACCAACCCUUGUGUUCUUGUGUACUACCACCACCACCACCACUACUACUAUUAAUGAUAAUAAAACACUUCAUUUCUUCA